AUGGCUGAAGAUCAAUUCUAUGCCAUGAAUGAAGGAGAUGGCCAUCAAAGCUAUGCAAAGAACUCAUCUUACCAAGCAACUAUUAUCGUGGUCGUGGGAUCAAAACUCAAUCGGUUAUGUAUCAAUAUUGCAUUCUGGUUCCAUCCUUCAGCAGAGGAUGAGGUCAAUGUUGCUUGCUUCCAUCCUUCAGCAGGGGGUGGACUUGUAUAUGGAACCAAGGAAGGAAAGCUGAGGAUUCUUCGUUGUGAUCUUUCUCGUAGCUUUAAACAUGAAGGAUCUUGUUUUCCAGAUGAAAACAUGUUUGAGGUUCCUUCAUAUGCAUUGGAAGGCUGA